GAACUACCAUUUCGAUCUUUUCAUAAAUUGAUAUAAAUGUAAAUUAGGCUGCGAAAAGUGAUGUAAACAGCAACAAAAAAAUUAUAAAUAUUUUGUUCAUAAAACAUAUUGUAUAUAAUUAGAAGAAUCUACAAUUUUGAAACUUUCGGCAACAACAUUUAAGGAACUACACUGUCAAAGUUCUUUUAGAUAAUCAAGAUGGAGACGAAAACCAUACUCGCUGUUUUUGCUGUUGUCUUUACCCUGGUGGCUUUAGGAUUAACUAUUGCCGCAGUGGCUAUCCCGAUCUGGUGGGACUUUUCGUCGACCAUCACAAUUGGACUGUUUCGAUCUUGUGUUAAGUAUGGAACUCUAAACAUAUGUCUGGAUAAUACAGAUGUAUCUGAUAGAUUACAGGCGACUAGAUGGCUUGUCGUUGCAGCUUGCUCGCUUCUAGGAUUCGCUUUGUUGUUUGGAUUUUUGCUUCUCUGCCUUAAAAACAAGUGUCUCGCAGUCAGCGCAUGCGUACUCGAUGUAGUAGCUGGGGCCUGUAUCCUGGCUGCAGUUGCUAUCACUGCUGAAGACACACUUAAUUCACCCGUUUCGACUUUAGACUACGGUAUUGCCUUUAUUCUAGCUUGUGUGGCUCUUGCUCUGGCCAUUAUUGCUGGAGUGAUCUUCGCAUUUGCCACACCGAAAAAGAGCGGAACUAAGGGACACGUUAUCAGCCCAAUGUAAAACAAAAUUGAUAUAUUCUUGACGUAGUUUUUGCGGUUGGGGUUUCUUCACUCCUUUUGGAUCUACAGCUGAGCUUGUAUAGUUUGACCACGUGACAUAAUGUUUAUACAGCACUUUGUAUUGAAAAAAUAGUGAAUUUGUCUUGGACAAAUACAUGAUAUGCAAACAUUAAAACAUAUUUCUCUGUCAUGGAUUAAAUCACAUACAAAUAUCUGUUUUCUCCUUUUAGCGGCGCAGUCUGAAGGAAAUAACCAACGUUGCACAGAAACAUAAUACGGUUGACAUUGAAUAUGAUCAAUUGACAAAGGGGAGAGAGAGGAGGGUAGGGUGUGCAAACUCAUCUCUUUGUUUGUUAAAAAGUAUAAUCUCAAUCUUCAAAUAGAUAUGCUUAGAAAUGGAUGACAUUCAACUUAAACAAGUAUCUAUCUAAUUUUUAUAGAUAUUUUUUAUCAAAACAAAAUAAGGUAAAAUGGAUCAUUUUAUCCACUUUUUCAGAAUUGAGCAACGUUGCGGGCUGGAGGAUUAAGGAUAUAUUCCUACCUGUAAUCAAUGAAUGUGUUAGGUAUUUGAGCAAUAUUUAUGUAAACGAAAGUCCUGCAAGUUUAAGCAAUGUGAUGAAGUACAUUUUGACAAACAUUUAAACGCUUGCAAACAUUUUUUUUUAUAAGUUAUAUGUGCAUGAAAGCAAACUUCUCUGCGUUCUUUUUUUCAGUUGAGAGCAAUGAUUUUCCUCUAAAUUUGUCAUUUUCCUUCUAAACAAGUCAGUUGUUUAAGGCAUUCGGAAAUAUAUGGUUUGAUUUACUCUGUAUUGUCGGAUAUGGUUGUUGACAUAUGGUGUUUUUGGCAUUCGUCAACAGCCUAAGGAGACAGAUAGUUGAAAACACAUUUAGUUCGCUCUAUUGACGUCUUUAAGAUAUAAUAUCUAACGUAUAUGUUUGAAUAAAUUAGGGAAGGAGGAACUAGAUAUUUUAGACUGAAUAAAGUGGACAUCACAAAUAUUUUUCUGAAUGAAAUAGGACAUAUCCGAUAAAUAAAAUUCACAAUUUGUUUUUAGUUUCAACUGAAUGUCAAAAUUUAAGAAACCUCCAUCUACAUUAAAUAGAGAGCAUAUCUUGAUGUAAUGGCAUCAGAUAGAAGAAAAAAGACAAAAAAUCUUACUUUUCACAGUAAAAGAAUCGUUUCUUCUGUAUAUUAUGGUCGAACGUCACAGCGAAACUUCUAACAACAUUUUUUUUCGGACAGUUGAUGUAAGGUACGAGGAAUUCCGACUGUUCCAAACAGUUCCAGAUAGAUCUAUUUGAAAAAAUGGUUAAACCGAUCUUACUAUACGGCUGUGAAAUUUGGGGCUACGGUAACAUGGAGGUCUUAGAAAGAAUUCAAUUAAAAUUUUAUAAAUACAUAUUUAAUUUUAAAAAAUCAACGCCAUCGUAUAUGAUAUACGGAGAACUGGGAAUUACUCCUGUUUUGGUUAGAAUAAAAAUUCGAUUAAUAGCUUAUUGGUCACGACUUAUUGAAAAUAUUGAAUGCAACAAUACUACAAAACUAUCAUCAAAAAUUUAUACUUUGGUUUACGAAUUGUAUUCACAAAAUAAGAUAAAAUCUCAAUAGUUAGAUAAUGUAAAACAAAAUUUGUGUAACCUAGGUUAUUCUGGAAUCUGGUACAGCCAGAGCUUAUCUAGUAGUAAAUGGAUUAUAGAAUCAUCGCGUCAAAAACUUAAGGACAUAUUCAUUCAAGAGUGGCACUCAGAGAUAAACAACACAUCAUCUAGUAAUAUAUACAAAUUCUAUAAAACAACUUUUUCACGAAGU